CGGAGGACGGACCUUCGCCGACAGCUCGCACUUUUACAGCCGCAGUCGGGUCACGGGCGCAUGGCCAUGGCCUCCAUCGUCUGCCGGGUCCAGUACUUGGAGGACUCGGAUCCGUUUAUCUGCACAAACUUCCCCGAACCUCGGAGACCUCCGACGGUGAACCUGGAAGAGAACCUGCAGCUCAGCGAGCAGAUCGCCGGGAUCCACAAGCUGCUGGAGCCGCCGCUGAAGCUGGAAGACUGCACCCUCCAGCUGUCUCCCAGUGGAAACUAUCUGGACCUGGACUCUUCUCUGGCUGAGCAGCGAGACGAGCUGGAGAGCUUCUACGAAGAUGUGGCGAAAGGAAGGAAGCCCAUCCUGAUUCUGAGGACUCAGCUCUCUGUUCGUGUUCACUCCAUCCUGGAGAAACUUUACAACUCCCAGGGUCCAGAACUCCGGCGGUCCCUCUUCUCUCUCAAACAGCUCUUCCAGGAUGAUAAAGACCUGGUUCCAGAGUUCGUGGCCUCUGACGGGCUGACGUGUUUCAUUAAAGUCGGGGCGGAGGCCGACCACAACUACCAGAACUACAUCCUGAGAGCUCUCAGUCAGAUCAUGCUGUUUGUGGACGGCAUGAACGGAGUGAUCAACCACAACGAGACGGUGCAGUGGCUGUACACGCUGACAGGAAGUUCGUCUCGCCUGGUGGUGAAAACUGCCCUGAAGCUGCUCAUCGUCUUCGUGGAGUACUCAGAGUCCAACAGUCCUCUGCUCAUCAGAGCCGUCAACACCGUGGCUGGACAGAGAGCUGUGAAGCCAUGGAGUUAUAUGAUGGAGGUCCUGGAGGAGAGGAACGGCGCCGACACGGAGCUGCUCGUGUUUGCCAUGACACUCAUCAACAAGACUCUGGUGGCGCUCCCGGACCAGGACUCGUUCUACGAUGUGACGGACAAGCUGGAGCUGCUGGGGAUGGAGGCCGUCAUCCGCAAACACAUGAACAACAAGGGGACGGAGCCAGACCUGCGGACGCAGUUCACCAUAUACGAGAAUACUCUGAAGUACGAAGACGGUGAGGUUGAUGACUCCUCCCCCCUCCUACGUAAAGAGAGACGAAAGUUGGCGACCGGCGAGCAGGACGGAUCGAGGGGCCGCCGCCACUUGUCCAGUCAGAAUCUUCUCAACGCCCGCACCUCGCCCACGCCCUCAUCUCCCUCCACCGCCCCAACCACUCCUACCCUCUUCUUGUCAUCUUCUGUCAACUCCUCAGUGUCACCGGCCGCCUCCCCCGCUGCAUCUCCCGCAGUCUCCCCCGCUGCAUCUCCCGCAGUCUCCCCCGCUGCAUCUCCCGCAGUCUCCCCCGCUGCGUCUCCCGCAGUCUCCCCGGUCGUCUCCUCCCCGAGCCCCACGGCAGGUCUCGGCAGCAGGGCCUCGUCCCCGCUGGCCUCCGAGCACAGCAGCUCCUCCUCCAGUCCGUCCGGAUCCCGGAGAGAAUCUCCGCUGCCGUCCCCCAACGGCACCGUGGACACGGAGCAGGGAACAAAAACGCCGCCAAGCCCAGACGCCUUCCUGCGCAUCCUGGCUGCCCAACAGUGGCAGAGGAAGCGAAAGACUAAAGACUUGAGCGAGAUUAAGUUGCCCUCACUUGAUGAUGCCGUAACAUCAACUUUGGAGGGGACAGCGGACGAGGGCGCAGCCGAAGUGCCGUCACGUCACGACUCAACAUCAAGCAGUUUGGAAACAAACGGACAUUCAGACUCCCAGGAUGACCCAGCACCGCUUGUGCAGCGACAGGGCAGCACGUUAUCCAACGACACAAAGUUCAUGCUCGACAUGCUCUACUCAAAGACGGGACCCAUGAGCCCCUCUGCAGCUGCAGACACCAAUGAAGAAGAGAGGAGCUUCGUGCCUGGUGACGAUGUGGCUGCUCGGGGUCGUGUGACUGAGCGUCUGUCCAGCUUCAAAGCGCGCUCGGCAGAGUCCUCCACCUCCAACGAGAGCAGCGCCUCCCGCAGGGCAGAGCUGGAGAGUCUGGAAGGCUCAACGCAGGCGGCACGAGCCCGACUGGCUGAAGAACAGAAGCGUUACAUCCGGCACCAGAGCAGCAUCGACACCGAGGCGCACGCCGCCAGUCUGGACACCACCCAGAUGACCCCGCUAGGCCCCGGCAGCUCCAACGACGCCUGGGACCAGCUGCAGCCGAGCGCCGCCGCCCUACGCAUCAAGGACCUGGACUUUUCUGACCUGCUGGACGAGGAGGACAUCGACGUCCUGGACAUAGACACCUUCGACAGCUCCGCUUCAUCCUUCACCCUCUCUGGAAUCCCUCCCCCUCCUCCUCCCCCUCCUGGCAUGCCGGGGGCUCCUCCCCCUCCUCCUCCACCUCCUCUACCGGGAGGUCUUGCACCCCCUCCUCCUCCACCUCCUCCACCAGGAGGCCUCGCACCCCCUCCUCCUCCACCUCCACCAGGUGUCCCCCCUCCUCCUCUUCUUGAGGCCUCUCAGAAGAAGAAGAAGACGGUGAAGCUGUUCUGGAAGGAGCUGAAGCAGGCAGACGGACCGAAGAAGUGUCGCUUCGGUCGGGGGACGGUGUGGGCGUCUCUGGAUAAGGUAGCGGUGGACACCGCCCGCCUCGAGCAUCUGUUUGAGUCCAAAGGCAAGGAGCUCCCUGUAACCAAGAAAGGACCGGAGACCAAGAAGACUGAGAUUCUGGUUCUGGACUCAAAGAGGAGUAACGCCAUCAACAUCGGUAUGACCGUCCUGCCAGCGAUCCACGUCAUCAAGUCGGCCAUUCUCAGCUUCGACGAGUUCGCCAUUAGCAAAGAGGGCAUCGAGAAGAUCCUGACCAUGACCCCCACAGAGGAGGAGAAGCAGAAGAUCCAGGAGGCUCAGCUCGCCAAUCCCGACCUCCCUCUGGGCACAGCAGAGCAGUUCCUGCUCACCCUGGCCUCCAUCAACGGCCUGACCCCCCGCCUUCAGCUCUGGGCCUUCAAACUGAACUACGAGGCUCUGGAGAAGGAGAUAGCCGAACCGCUGUUUGACCUGAAGCUCGGCAUGGAGCAGCUCGCCUCCAAUCAGACCUUCAGGAGAAUCCUGGCGACGCUGCUCGCCAUCGGAAACUUCCUCAACAGCUCCAACGCUAAAGGCUUUGAGCUGAGUUACCUGGAGAAAGUGGUGGAGGUGAAGGACACGGUUCACCGUCAGUCUCUGCUUCAUCACACCUGUAACCUGGUGGUGGAAAAUUACCCAGAAUCCUCUGACGUCUACUCUGAGAUCCCCGCCAUCACCCGCUCGGCCAAAGUGGACUUUGAGCUGCUGUCGGAGAACCUGGUCCAGCUUGAGAGACGCUGCAAAGCAUCAUGGGACAACCUGAAGGUGGUGGCCAAACAUGAAACCAAAGCGGCGCUGAAGAACAAACUAACGGACUUCCUGAAGGACUGCACGCAGAGGAUCAUCAUCCUGAAGGUCGUCCACAGGAGAGUCAUCAACAGGUUCCACUCCUUCCUGCUGUUCCUGGGUCAGCCGUCGUCUUCGGUCAGAGACGUCAAGGUGACAAAUUUCUGUCGGAUCAUCAGCGAGUUCGCUCUGGAAUAUCGCACCACCAGAGAGCGAGUGCUCACCAUCAAACGGAAACGCGCAGUUCACAGAGAGCGCACCAAGACGCGAGGAAAGAUGAUCACCGAGACGGAGAAGUUUUCAGGGGCGGUGUCACGUCCGGACAGCCCGUCCCCCGUUUCUAUGGCAGCGGAGGCAGACCAAGAUCAGGAGGAGGAGCAUAAGAACAUGAAGAACCUGCUGAUCAGUCGCAGCAGCACCCUGAACUGUGAUCAGAGAGGCCUGAGGCGCUCCCGAGCCGUCCGCAGUCUCGGCCGGGUGGAUCCGCCCAAGAUGUCUUUAGCCAAAGAAGACGAGACGAGCUCCCAGGACGACGCCACAGAUGAGAUCAUGGACCGACUCGUCAAGUCUGUUACCCAGAAUCCCUCCGGCAGAUCGUCCAGCCCCAAGAACCGCAAGCGGUCCCGACUGAAUAGGAAGUCACUGAGGAGGACUCUGAAGAGCGGCCUCAGUGUGGACGUGGUUCAGGCUCUGGGACUCAACAACAAGACGGCAGGAGACAGAGUCUGAGCUGCGACUGCAGCUGAUCGAUAAAUCGGCGAACUAUUGAUUACAGAGACUGAACCCAGACCAGCUGAGCGGCUCCAGCAGACGUCGGGAGACGUGCGCUCUGCAUUUGGAGACUCCUCCACCGGCACAUCUGCCGCAGCUGUUCGGACACUUUGCUGUAGAAAUAGUUGUGAGAAGAAUUUUUCCCGCGUGACAGAUUUUUACUGGUUUCCUGCAGCUUUGAAACAUUUAGAUGCUCACAAGGAAAUCUGGACGCAGAGCUGCGGUCUUACUGAGAAAUGAGUUUAAGGUGUCGUUUUCAGGUGUCCGUCCAGAACUGAAAGUGUGAGAGUCGGAUAAAUGAAAUGCGAGCAGAAGCAGAGCAAAGCCUUCGACCUCUCGAACUGCUCCCACGUUUGUUUUAACUUGAAUCGCCGCUGGCUCUGAAGUGUCACUGUCUGUGUGUCUCUGCCUGUCUGACUCUCGGCUCGAGCUCAUCGAGAUCUCAAAACAGUUUCUGGGUUUGGAACACGUGGCACGCUCGGGCACGCCACCCCGGCUGUUUUAGAAGGCCGGCGGUUUGUUGUUUUGAAAGUUGUUUCUGGGUUUUUUGGUGAUUAGUUUAAAUUGAAACUUUUGGUAUUUUGUUACAUUUUCACUGACUUUAAGAUAACUUUGGGAAGUUCCCCAGUUUAUAGUCUGUGUGUUUGCUUUAAGUCGAGCAUGACAUCUCCGACACGCGUCGCUUGUACCUGCUCAUUUUUGUUGUUCGGUCUUCUGCGUUACCGCCACCUGCUGGACUGGAGUGUUACCAUAAUCUUUAGAGCGUGUGUAAACGGACGAUCAGCGAUGUGAAGGAACAGUUUCGCUCCUUAAAUUAUAAACUGGGAAUAAAAUUUCACAGCUGUUCUUAAUAUGAACUUUUCCUAAAUUUAAGUGUAAAAAGUAUAUAAUAAGGGAGCCACAACACGUGUAGUUUCUGAGCACGUCUGCAAAGGUGGAUGCAGAUUUAAUGCCAGUGAGAUGACGCGCUUGAGUCUGAACAUGACAUCAUGAGUGAAACUGGCAUGGGAGCAGUCAGAGUUAGUUUUACUGGCCACGUCCAAACGCCCGUCCUCAAAAAUGAAAUCGAGGGAAAGAAGUCAUCCGGCACAUAAAACAUUUUUAAUUGGUGGGCUUUACCGCUGCUGUCAGGUGAUCCAGGCUCCAGUUCUCUGCAUGUCCAGUUUUUAUGCAAAGCUAAGCUUUAUUUUUACUGUUCUAUCGUAUUUCACAGGAUGGACUCUUCUGUUAAAGGUUCGUCACUGGAUGGCCUCAAAUUCUUUAUUUCACAGCCAAAAACUGUAAGCGAAGGAUCAGGAAGAGUCUGAGAGUUCAGCAGAAACAGCUGCGAGGGUAAACUUUAAAAUUCAAUAGAAACGACAGGCUGGUGAAUAUAUUUAACUUAUUGAAGUGUGUGAAAUAUCCUCACGUUUAGCUCAUUAACUGGUCUGUUUUAACUUUAAACCCGGCGACUGUGAGACUUUAGAAAAUAUCAUAAUAAAAUUACAAUUUUAAACCUGUUUUCCUAAGUAAAUGAAAGUGCGUUUGAUGGAUUUGGAGGCAAAUGUACUUCAUAGAAAGCUCAGCUGACAUGAUUAUCAAACAGCAGGGUCCAUUUAGUGGCUGUUCUGAGGAUUAUCAGAGGAAUACGUUGCAAAUAAAAGGUCAGAUUCUUGUUAGAUUUGUCAUCCUGAAGCUGAAUUGCACUCAGACCUGCACAGAGUUGAAGAGUUUGCAGAGUUUGCUGUUGCAGCGUCACAAACGGCACAAAGGUGGUCUGUUUAAAAACUUGACAGUUGUAUAGUUUAAUUUAAAUUCAAGGUGAACGUGGGCUCAUCAGGUCAAAACACAUGGCACGGAGGCAUGGUCUUCAAACCGAUUAAUGCUCAGUUUGGAAAAUUUUAAUCACACAUGUUAAAAAAAAAAGUUGGAUUAAAACCUAAAAUCACUUACGUGGUACAAACGUGUGUGUGUGUGUGUGUGUGUGUGUGUGUGUGUGUGUGUGUGUGUGUGUGUGUGUGUGUGUGUGUGUGUGAUUACAGGACUAAGAGUGUGCGUCGGUCUUGGUGUUUUUGGCACUCUGAGGUGUUUUUAUGGUUUCUUUCUGCGGCUGACUUCAGGUCAGUUUGUGUGAAAAGCUUCUUCACAUUUUUUUUUUUUUUUUUCAUUCACAAACAGAUGACGACUUUGUUUUAACUUAAAGAGCAAGACGAACAUUUUAUAAAAAUAUUAAAUGGAUGGUUGAAUGUGUCGCUUGUAUAAUUAAUAAAGAUUUUUAAGAAGA